UUCGGGACACCUCACUUAUCCGGCCGACGACCACGGUACGAUUGUGUCCAACUGCUGCCUUCACGCCGAACACUGUCAGUGACGUGCCCACACAUACACACCAUCGUCGCCGUUUGAUAUUAUAUAUAUAUAAUAUAUAUCAUACCCACACCGUAUCAUAUUUUAAGCGGCUUUCAACCGCGGUUCGAAUUCAUCACACUAUCGUGACCCGGUGACGACCAACGCACAACAAUUCGAUAAUCUSUUGAGCAUUCCAUCUGCCGUGCGCCCGAAAAUACCAUACUUUUCCGAAAUAAUAUUUCCAAACGUUUAUUUCAAUUUUCACCCGACGUACCCGAACAGUACUCAUUGACGAAAUGGCUCACUCCAGUACACUAAUCGUCGCCUUCGCCUCAGCACUCUGCGUACACACCGUAUUGGCCUACCCGACUUCGAUGGAACGCGUUCCCGGAGACAACAAUUACCUGCCACUUCGAAACACUCCGUCGAGGGAUUUCGAACGCUUCAUCGACACGUUUUGUGACGACGGCAACCAAUGUAAUUCACCGAGAGGUAUGAUGGCCACCGUGGUGCGGGACACCUUGGACCGGUUGAACGGUGGCCACUAUAUGGUGGCCAAACGGAGUAGCUUGGACCGGUUGAACGGCGGCCACACUAUGGUGGCCAAACGGAGUAGCUUGGACCGGUUGAACGGAGGCCACGUGAUGGUUGCCAGACGUAGCAGCCUGGACCGGUUGAACGGUGGCCACGUCAUGGUGGCCAAACGUAGGAGUCUGGACCGGUUGAACGGCGGCCACGUCAUGGUGGCCAAACGUAGUAGUCUGGAUCGAUUGAACGGCGGCCACGUCAUGGUGGCCAAACGUAGCCAGCCGGACCGGUUCAACGAUGGUCUCGCCACAAUCACAGAAAGUUUGGUUCCUGAACAAUUGCAACAACAGCAGGCCCCUAAUUAUCAACGGACAUCAACCCCGUGGCCGGAAAUCGACGACUACUACUUAAAAGAUGGCGAUGACUUAUACAUUAAAGAUUACGACGGCGAUGACUGUUCGGCCUGUGGUUCAUYGGCUAAGGUCUCGUCCUUUUAAUAUUUCUGUCAUACUCUCUCGUCGACGUCCUCGCGUAUAUUAUACACAUGAUUUUAAUAAUAAUCUUAACAGGAGAUUGCACCCGAAUCAACUAAACCAGUAAAAUACACAUAAAAACCAUUAAAAAAAAAAUAUUUAUAAAAACUAUUAUCCACCCCCGUUCACUCGUCUUAUAACCAAAAAUAUUUUUUAAAACACUCAAAUUAAUCAAUAAUUUUUCUGUUUAACAAACUCGAAUAAUAAUUUAAAAUAAAUAAUAAUUGAUAACAAUAGUUGUGUUCUGGAUCCAGCACCCAAAAAAUGAAUAAUUGAUUCGGGUGUAACUCCUUGAUAUUUAAUACAUAAUAGAUAUACAUAUAAUAUAUAG